CUGGAAUAACAGACAUAGCAGCUGAGUUACAGCACAGUUAUUUAGGUGCGCAGAGACGUGCAAGUGUGUGAGUGUGUGAGUGUGAGCGCCUCUAAAGAACCAAAAUCUGCUCAAACUGGAGCUCUGCUGUUCUCCAUGUUCUCUGUUUCUCUGUGAGAUGGUUUAGUGUGUGUGUGCACGUGAGAUGUCUGCGCUGAACGCCUGUGCCGGGACGGGUGUGUUUAUUUUGUCUCUGCUCUCCGUUCCUGCCUCUUAUUUCUUCAAUUAUCUCAUCAUCUUCAGCAGUGUAGAGUUUGUUCUCCUGGCUGGUGUUUCAGUUGCUGUGAUAGUGACUGUGCUGGUGAGGUGUCUGCUGAAGAGUAGAGCUCCAUCAGACCCGCUGUUCUACAUCUAUGCUGUGGAUGCACUGCUGAGUGUACUCAGCCUCAUAAUUGGUCUGGAGCAGGACGGCAUCAUCGAUGGGUUCAUGACCUUUUAUCUCAGACAGGCUGACCCCAACAUCAACACAGCUCAUGGUCACAUGACCUCAUACUGGAAUGGCUGCGCUCAUUACCUGAUGUACCUGCUGAUGGUAGCGGCAAUAACGUGGGGAGAGAGCUACAGGGCGAUUGGGCUGUACUGGGUGGGAUCCUUCCUGAUGCAGAUAAUUGUUUACGUUCCGGCCAGCGUGGUGGGUAAAUACGGCUCUGAGCUGAACUGGCUGUUUCUGCUCCACAUGCUGUACGUCUUUGUGUCAGUCUGGGCCUGUUUUAGAGUCUUCAACCAACCGGCUACAUGGAGCACAUCAGCAACAGAUGUCGAGAGUGAGCAGAAUAAGAGUGUUCUGCAGAGACCUGUUGAUGUGAUCUUUAUCUUCGGCAUCAUUGCGGCUGCAGUGUUUAGUGUCUUCCGAGGCCUGGUGGCGCUGGACUGUCCUUCUAGUGUUUGUAAGGAUUAUAUGGUGAAUUUUGAGCCGUACAUCAAAGACCCCUCAGCCUUCCCCACAUUGCAGAUGCUGGUUAAUAUGCUGUAUUCCACUCCGUGUUUUGUGCUGAUGCUGUAUGGACUGCUGGUGCCGGGCUGCGAUUGGCUGCCUGAUCUGAGCCUGGUGCAUGCUGGGGCUGUGGCACAGGCUCAGUUCUGUCACACCGGUGCGUCCCUUCACACCCGAACGCCGUUCGCCCACCGUGUUCCCGCUGGACAGUUGCUCCUCUUCCUGACCUUUAACCUCUUUUACGCUUUACUGCCCCAGGCUCUGAGCUACCGCUGCAUUAGCCGGCCCGCAUUCUUCAGCAAACACACUCACACACACUCCGAAUAAACACUCACACACACUCCGAAUAAACACACUCACACACACUCCGA